CUGGUGUCCCCUGUCCAAGUGCCCCAACCCUCCCUGUCGCUGCACCCCAGCCAGGGGGUGUCCCUGGGGGACACUGUCACCCUGCGGUGCCACCUGCCCAGCCCUGUUGCCCGGGUCAUGCUCUACCAGAACAGACAAUGGAGAACCAAGAAGGAGAAGGAGAAGGGGCAGACCACAGUGGAGUUCUCCUUUCUUAACACAAGGAGGACAGACAUGGGGAUGUAUCAGUGCCAAUAUCGGGUGUUGGAUCCACCUGGAACAUCAGAGCAGAGUGACCCCGUGGAACUGCUGGUGACAGAUCACACUUUCCCCCCACCUGGCAUUUCCCUGAGCCCUGACGAACACGUGAGAACUGGGACCAAUGUCACAAUCCAGUGCUGGAACCAGGGUUAUCGGGGCACCAUCUUCCUGCACAAGGACGGGCACUCAGCCUCUGUUAAGCGCCAGGACCCCGAUGGUGGGGGCAUGGCCACUUUCACCCUCUUUCCAGUGACGCCAGCAGAUGCUGGCACCUAUAGGUGCUCCUACCGCCCCGCGGGAUCCUACUUUUUGUCCUCACCCCUUGGGGACAACGUGACACUGAAGGUGACACCCGGACCUGUGCACCCAGGUGGCACGGAGCAGCUGCAUGGGAACAUGUUGGCAGCAGUGGCGGGGGGCUGUGCUGCCACCCUCGUGUUCAUCCUCAUCCUCUUCUUCCUCCACGCUGCCCGCAGAUGCCGGAUGUGGACAGACGAGAGCCAUGAUGCAGGUGCCCCCAGAAUGCCCGAGGUCGUGCAUCUCCAGGUCAGUGUCUGUGUCAGCCAACCCCAAAUCCCAAUCUGCCCCUUGCGUCCCCAAGCCCAACUCGGGAACCACAAUCCCUGCCCUUGGGGAGCCCACAAGACCUCCAGCCCCAAGUGGCUUACCACAACUUCAUGUGCACCCCCAAAUCCAGCCCAUGGGAAACACCCAAUCUGCACCAUGGGGGCUGUUUGGGGCCCACAUUUAAGCCCCCAAACACCCUGGUGCCCACCGAGCCCCAAACAGCCCACAGACCCCAUGGCCACCCUCACAUCGAGAAACAGGACCCCAACACUGCCCAUGGUCUCCAGUGUCUGACCCCUAGGGACCCCGUAUCUCAGCCCCAAACCCACCCUCUUGGACACUCCCCCUGCAGACUUACACCAUGGAUGUUCCCCACCAAGCACACUGUGGAUCCCCAUGGUGGCACUCCACUGUUCCCCUCUGUCCCCACGUGCCCCCAAGUGACAGCGAGUGUCUGACCUAUGUCGAGCUGCAAGCUGAGCCCCCCAGCACUCGGCCCUGUGCUCCCCCGGCUUCCUCUCAUCCCCGUGUUAUCUACGCUGAUGUGUGCACUGGGGGACCCCGCUGAUGUCCCCCAUUUUUGUAGACAAACAUGUGGAUGUUGUGUGCCACGUGCACUUCAUCUGUGCAGAGUGCUGGUGUCUUGGGUGUGCUCACAAUUGUGUGUACGCUGCAUGCAUGUGCCACUGC